CUUUGUGCAGCUCCAUCAUUCGCCGAUGCGAUAGCCUGGGCAAUUCUUGUCCGACAUGCCUGUCUUCAGUGCCCACCACACGCAUGAUGAUUUGAACGUACUCUCGCAGCGCGACGACCUAGGAGACGACACGCCCGUCCUUCGAGCCGUGACAGACGCGCGCACGGAUGGCUACGAGACGAUCUGCGUGCCCCUUACGACCGACAAGUGGAAGGCACGCUGGAGGGAGCUGUGCAUCCUCAACCCAGACGAGGAGCAGGACACGCUCGCGGAGAUCGAGCAGCGCGCCGAGGCGUGGAGAUCCAAGCCCGCGUUCUUUCGCGACGAAGUGACGGUAUCCCGGCUAGAUGAGGCCGAGUGCAUCAUUCCCCUGAUUUCGGACUGGCUCGAACUUGACGCGACCGAUGACUGGGUUCGCCAUGACGCUGAGAUUGCCCUUCACCAAGAGCUUGCGUUUGCGUCCUACCUGAACGCACCAUGUGCAAUCCUCCCAACUCCAAAUAACCGUAUCCAAGUCGGAUCGUACGCUCGUGCGAUCAACGCGUGUUUGAGCUCGGUACCAUACAUGGAGUUCUCCGUCAAGAUACCCAUCUACGACGCGGUCACCGUGGUGCAAGUCCCUUCACGCUCGCCGUCCCCAGUACCCUCUCCGGUGGAGCCGUCCACUUCGCGUUUCUCCUCAGCGUCGUCUAAUGAUCUGGCUGUUGGCUCUCCGCCGGAGUCAAAUCUGACGACUUGGGAGAUGUGGGACACCAUACGGACAAUAUGCGGAUAUAACCCGAGGUUGACCUUGACUCUCGAUCUUACUCCACCCUUGCCGUUAUCGUCAACCGUGCUGAACCAGUGGCUCGCUGAGCCGGUCCGAUAUCUGUGGCUACCGGCGUCAACAUUUAUUGCGAACGCGAAGGGGUACCCUGUUCUGCCCAAGGGCACGCAGUCUUUCAUUCGGGACAUUUUCAAGUUGCAACCGACCGUGAUCCUUUCCGGAACAAGGGCGAAGAAGCACCCUCGAGGGGGCGAGCUGGCUUAUCUCCAGUAUGUCCGGCACCUUGAGAAGACCAGUUCCUUCGUGAAGGCUGCCACGACUGCGGGCACGGUCGAGCACUUCGCUCAGGGCUACCAAGACUACUUGCAGGCCCCGCUGCAGCCGCUCAUGGAUAACCUGCAAAGCAUCACCUACCAGACGUUUGAGCAAGAUCCGGUGAAGUACCGGAACUACGAGGAGGCCAUCUACCUCGCCCUGAGAGACUGGGAGAAGCCUGAGAAAAUCACGAUCUGCGUCGCUGGCGCGGGGCGCGGGCCUCUAGUAGCUCGAUCGCUGAAGGCUAUCGCGCGUGCGAAGGUGGAAGCUUUCGUCUACGCGGUGGAGAAGAACCCGAACGCAUAUGUCACCCUCCAGGAGCGUCACCGCAACGAGUGGGGCGACGAGAAGGUGGCGCUGCUCUACGGCGACAUGCGCACCCUAAAAGUUCCGGAGAAGGUGGACAUCCUCGUCAGCGAGCUCUUGGGUUCAUUCGGAGACAAUGAGCUCAGCCCGGAAUGUCUCGACGGUGCGAUGAGGUUCUUGAAGCCGGACGGCAUCUCCAUACCGUCGUCGUACACGGCAUACAUCGCGCCUCUCUCCUCUUCCAAGCUCUAUAACGAGACGAGGGCGAGUAAGGACCCGAAGUCAUCCGAGACACCAUAUGUGGUCAUGCUCCAUGCGAUCAACAUCCUGAGCGACAACGGGACCGGUAUUAGCGGGACGUGUGGCCCUCGGAUACAAGAAUGUUGGGAGUUCGAGCACCCAAGGAAAGAUGCAGCCCUGACAGAGCAAGGUUUGCCGUUGACGAAUAGCCAUAACGUCAGGUCGGCCAAGCUCACGUUCCACAUCCCCCACGCUGGCGUCCUUCACGGGUUCGGUGGAUAUUUCGAGGCCGUGCUGUAUAGAAACGUCGGCAUCAGCAUUCAUCCAGAGCGGAUGGCGCUGAUAUCAAAGGAUAUGCUGAGCUGGUUCCCGCUCUUCUUCCCGCUCAAGGAUCCGCUGUACCUCCCCGCCGAUGCAGAGCUGACGGUCUCGCUGUGGCGGUUGACGGACGCGCGCAAGAUAUGGUACGAGUGGUACGCGGAAGCAUUCCUCCCCGUACCAAGCUCUUCUGUAUCAUCGCCCAUCUGGAAGGACUCCCUGUCGCCGAUGAGUCCGUCCCCGGACAGCAGCUUCCUCAGCCCGCUCGUCAGCACCCCCAUCCAGGUGACAAGUCCCCUACUGGAUGUGCCUCAUUUGACAUUGCAAGUGCCUAGCGGUGGGGCGUCAUUUGGCAUGGCGGAAGACAGACAAAAGGAGGGCGUGAGCCUCGUGAAGAUCAGUCAGACUGCGCUGCACAACGCUGGAGGCAAAAGCAGUUGGAUUGGUCUGUGAUGUGUACAUCUAGGUGCC